AUGAAGGAGCGACGGACACGAAGGCAACGACCGUGCAAGCGCUGCGUGGGCGUCGGGAAGGCCGACCAGUGCUUCGACGUGGAGCCCAAGAAGAGGGCGUGUGGUCCUUGCCGGUCGGCCCACACGGCCUGCGACAGUCAACGCCCGUGCAAGCGCUGUGUGGCCGCGGGGAGGGCGGACUUGUGCGUCGACCCCGAGCUCCGCAAGAAGGGCCGGCGGUCCAGGUCGUCCAAGACCGACGCGGCGGCUUGGGACACCUGCGGCCACCCGGCCCUCGCCGCCUCUCCUCCCACGCCGGCCAAGCGACAGAGAACCGAAGAACCUCCGCUGGCCUGCAAGGUCGGUGGUGGUCAGACCGUCACAGACGGCGCGCACACGCCUCCGCUGUCGCCGCUUCUGCCUCCGCCGUUCCCGCUGCCCGGCCUGCACUCCACCGGUGGCCAGCACCCUCACCACCCCUUUGCUGUCGGGUUCACAGGCCUGCCCAAUGGCGGCAGCGGCAUUGCUGGGCACAACGUGCGGCCCAUCUUCCCCCACGGCUCGCCGGUGCCGACCAACGGUGCCGCGAGCGGCUCUUCUUCUUCGCCGCCGGUGCCCCUGCGCCCUGCAUCGCCCGACGAGUCGAGGUUGACCACCAUCGGAUCGCCGCUGGCCACCGUCCGCGCGCCCUCCCCUGCCCAGAGAACACCGACGGGCAGCAGAGCGUCAUCGCCACCUUCGUCGUCGGCAUCGUCGCCCACGUCCUCGCCCCAGGCCAGCCGCGACGACGCCGCGUCGUCAGGCGGUGCGAGCCUGAUGCAGCUGGAGCCGCUCCUAUCCAUGUUCAUGAAGGAGCUGCGGGAGCUCAAGUCGUCCAACGAGCAGGUGGCGAGCGACUUCAAGAACACGACCGAGGAGCUGCGCAAGGAGAUUCUCCUGCUGCACCAGAACCAGCAGAAGAUCGAGAGGCGCCUGGACUCGCUCAACUCUGUGGUGGCAAUGGCGCCGUCGUCCGCCCCGUCAUUCCCUUCGUCGCCCUGCAUCCAGCCGCACGAGAUCACUUCCUACUCGCCCUCGGUGCUCUUCAGCCCCAGCGACUACGGUCUGCUCAGCGGCCCACCGCUCCAGCCGCAGCAGCAUUCGCCUUCCUUCAUGGCGUCGAUGUUCGCCGCCAGCCCUUCGCCCGGCGUGCCCUCGCCGUGCUACGACUCCUACUUUGCGCGCACCGAGAUCCUCUCCUACCUACCCUUCCUCUCCAACUACAACCUCCAGUCGCCCGAGGUGCCCUUCGUCGUUGACCACCUCAGGAAACCGUUCUUUGCCUUGCAGAUCAUGGAGUCUAUGCCUGGAGAAGAAUUCACACCACCCAUCUUCGUUUACGCCAACUCUGCGUUCUGUUCUCUCGUUCGCUACCCUCUGCACGAGUUGCUUGGCUGCCCACUCUCCAAGGUCUCCUUCCCCGAUGAGAAGGUCAAGCGCCAGCUGCUCUCCUCCAUCAGCAAGUCCGGAAGAAGCAUCUACCUCCCUCAAAGGGGCUUCCUGGAGGCUCCGCCAUCGUCGUACAGCGAGGUCAUCAGGCUGAGCCCCCUGUUCCUCCCGCGGAAUGGAAGGAUCACGAGGCUCUCCACCCGUGUCCAAUUCUUCUACAACGAGCACGGCCGGGUCAAGUGGAAGAUCUGCUGCGUGGACGGCGUGGAGGAGAGCGGCGUCAUCGAGAUGCCGAUCAACUGGCUGCCCGGCCUCCCCAAGCUUUCCGUUGCCCAUGCCGUCGAUGAGUCCGCGCAUCACGGAGGAGGCGAAGGAAGAGGUCGACGGGGACGCUCCCGGCGACUCGUCUCCCCUGGAGGAGGCGUUCCUCUCCUCUUUCAUCGCUUCGCCGUCGCCGUCGCCGCCACCCACGUCCUCCGACAUCUCCUAUUCCCCGUCGUCGUCCUCUUCGUCCUCGUCCGCCACUUCCUCCGCCUCCGCCGCCUCUUGCUCGGCUUCGGUCGCCGCCACGGCGUCGCCACCGCCCGCGUGGAUCUCGUCCCCUGGUGCCGGCGACGGCGACGCGGAUUACUGACACGGUCGCCCGCAAACGCCCCCAUGGCAGGUCUGACGUAG